UUAACAUAAAUUUAAAUGGCCCUUGCCACCUACAAUCCUGCCCGUGAGGGCAGCACCGUAGGUGACAGUACAAGUAACGAAACUACAAUGUCUUACGACCAGAACAGUGAACCGGAACUGGCGGAAUGUCAUGCCCCAGACAACCAAUUGGGCUUGAAUUAUUUCCGUCAGCAAUCUAGUCAGCAUCAGCAGCCUCACAUUCAACCUGGCCCAUCUACUGAAAUGAAUUCCCGCCAACAAUCGAAUGGACAUGGAGGUCAUGGUGGUGGCACUUUGCAACACCAGCUAAAUCUCCCUGGCCCGUCUUCCGGAAAGAAUCUCCGGCAACUACAAAAUACUAAUUUAUUUGAUGCAGCAGAAACACAAGCAUUUCCUACUGAAGCGUGCAAUGGAAACAAGCGACCGCAACUAAUAUUUCAGGACUACGUGAAAAGAAGUUUGGAAUUUUUGAAAAUUCACUGUAGAGAAAUAUCUGCCAAAAUCGACGAUCUCUUGGAAUCUAGGCCAAAGCCUUGUAUUUGUACUAUCCAAAGAAUGGAGGACAACGAGGAACAAUUUAAUUUGCCUAUGGAGUCUUUUGCUGCUGUCGAAGACAUGGAAAAAACGAUGGGGGACCAACAAACUCGGCAGCAAAUGAUUCUAAUAUUACUCCGAUUGGGUGGAGUUUCCCUCCAGAAAACAGUUUACUCUAUAAUGGAAAAGCUUUUUACCUGCGAAAUCGGAAUGCACUACACUUGGACCGGCAAAUCCACAAAAGAGUUCUGA